CUGCCCUCGAGGCUAAGGCUCUUGCACCGCAUCCACAUAUACCCAACAGUCUCUGGACGCAAGCAGCAAAUAGACUCUCUACAGCAGUCAUCUCCAUUUCGACUCCACUCUCUUCUCCCAUUUCCGUGCUCAGCACACCAUAUCUCGCCAUCCGUUGACUCACAAGCCUCGCCCGGCGUCACUGUUCCACACAUACUCUCUUUAAAAAGCCAGCCGUCACCCCACUGGCAGCAUCGUCCACACUCUCAGGAAACACUCCUUUCAGCACAGCCAGCAACCAAGAGCGCUAUGGAUUGGACACACGACGUCUGCCUGUCCUGUGACAAACAGACACAGGAAGGCCAGAAGUUCUGCUCGCAAGCCUGCCGUCUUGCAGACCUGGAGCGAGCAGGCCACUACGAGCCGCUCACUCCUGCGAGCCUCCCGAGCAACACUCCUUGGGAAUCCUAUCAAAUGUCCGCGGCUGGUACGUCGACUUCCCGCCAGUAUCACUUCCAGCUGGCGCCUCCUGUCAAUUUCUCAGCGUGUCGUCAGGCGGCAUCGGCGGAGUCACCACCGUCCAGUCCCAAAAGCCGUGCGACGCACACGUCGUCAUCUUACUUCUCGCACAACUCAUCAUCUUCGACAAGCUCCUCGCAUCCCACCGGCAGAGGCUUGACGCUGUCUCCCUCACGCAGCUCGCUCUCUUCCGUCUCCAGCAGCGGGUCCGCUCUGGCUUCCCCGAGCCUCUCGGAAGAGACUAUGAACCAGCUCCGAUCCUACUACGGUGCUUUCGAUCAGACGCGUGAUUGGAAGCGAAGGGUCACCUACGGCUGAGCCUUUCGUUUCGAGACAGCACGCAUUGUCCUCAAUCACCUUUACCUAUGCCAUUUUGCCUAGCGUUGGAGUUUUUUUUUUUCAUGGAGAGAUACCCUGUCAGCCCUGUGUACUGCCAGCAUCAGCAUCCUUCUCACUCGGCCCCUUGAGAAGGCCCUCUUAUUAUGGCGUUAUCGAUUCGGAUCUUUCAGUGUGUCUUCGGGCUACAUAAGCUCCCCUUUCAUGACCACCGACUUUGCGUCAGCACUGGAAGUCAUUCACCACGGCAUCAGGAUCACAGCAUUACGGGAUGGGAUAUGUAAUAAAAGUUGUACUUGUUUGAAUCAUGCACACUCUCUGGUUUUCUCUUUCCAUUGUCGCCACGACAUGAUUGUAUGAGGAGGCCCCAUGUUUUUUACGCUUCAUGCACUGUUCCGAGAACUCCGCUUGUACAUAGGCUACACAAUAAAUUUACACCAGGGCGAUGGAAGCCUCAUGAGUCUGCAGGUGACUGCAGGUCGGAGGGUCCACGCGCGAAUCAUCAUUCAAAGCAUCAUUUGACCACUGUUUUAAGACAAAUUAUCCCAUAGCACCAAUCAGCCAACAUGUAUGCUGAACAGAAAACCAACGCAAUCUUGCGGGGCAUACUCCGUAUCUCCC